CUGCCGGACUUUAAAGCUGUGCUCUCCGACGCCACGGGCGACGCUCUCCGCACGCAGGGUUACGCUGUGGUUGAUGGCGCUUUUGGUGAGACCUGGGCCCACUGCCUGCGCGACGACAUCAUCACGCUCGCGGAGCGGCGACAAUUGGGCCGCAACCAGACGCACAUCGUCGCCGCCGGCGAGACGCGCCUGCUCGAGAAGGACCGCAUCUUCGAGGCGGAGCUCACGGCGCCGCGCGCGGAGGCGCCCUUCCUGACGCGCCUCUGGGCCGCGGCGGCGCUCAGGGAGCGGCUCUCGGCGCUGCUCGGGCGGACGCUAGGCCGCCAGACGCUCAAGGUGCAGGUCAACGGCGGCGGCGGCGCGUGCUUCCCCCUCCACUUCGACAGCGACCCGCUCCUGGACGACCGCGUCGUGACCUGCAUCGUCUACCUGAACCCGGACUGGGCGCCGGGCCACGGCGGCGAGCUCCGGCUCGUGCCGUUCCCCUACGCGGCGGCGACGGUCGACCCCCGCUUCGACCGGUUGGCGCUCUUUUCCUCGCCGGAUCUCCUCCACCGCGUCCUGCCGUCGGCCGCGCCGCGCCUCUGCCUCACGCUCUGGUUC